AUGGCGACGGCAAUCUCCAAGCCCAAUUCGCAUCCCCCUAAGAUGAAACGACCUCCCCCGCCUUUUGUUCAGACCGGGAUGAACGGUGUUAAGUCCCAACAAUCCUCAACCUCCCCUUCUUCUACAGCAAAGCACCUUCCAGGAUCUGCAACGCCGGCUGCUGCAGGCUCCAAGAACGCACCGAUGGCGAAUGGCGUCAAUGGCACGGCCAGUGCGGGCGCACCGUCCAAAGGCCCCCAGAACCGGACGAAGAAAGAGGCGCAAAAGGCCGGCGAGCAGGCCGGGCGGCUACAGAAGCCAUUUUCAAGGGCCUCGUCAAUUGAUAGCGAUCGCCGAGCAGGAAAGCGGUGUCCAGAGCCCUUCGUCAAAACCACGUCAUAUAUUCUCAAGAAGUUCUCCAAACACCCUCCCUCGCUGAUUCUCCACCUUCAUCCGACCCACUUCCGCUUUGAGCAGCAAGAUGGGAGCUUUCCUUAUAAUUCGGAGAUGAAGGUCAUCAUCGAACAUAUCCGCUCUCAAACCGUUCCCCAUGACAUGAUGGAGGAGCUGUUGAGGGCCAAUGUUCGGUUCUAUGAAGGCAGGCUAUUGCCCCUAUACGGCACAUUUGAUAGGUGCUCGGCUAACUACGUGCCGUCAUCGAAUGACAACAACACCCCCUUUUCUAUACAUAAUUACAACGAGCACGUCACACCAUCUGCCUAUGUGCCUUACCCGAAGCUGAACCAGUUGACUUCGGAGAAGCCUUCCGCAAAGGAGGCGGCUUCGGAAAGCCAGCAGGAUGUCAAGUCGGGCAGUGAGCAGCCCGGCAACUUGGACUCGCAAGCUUCGCAGAAGGAUUCGAGAUUCAUUCAUUCAAAACAGCCUUCGAAACCUCGAGUGUUUACCACUGUCUUACACCCUACGCCCCGUUCGCUUCAAGCCGAGCUGACUCUUCUCGCCACUACACCUGAUCCCAAAGCGGCCAAGCAGACGGCAGUCAGCUCGACAUCCCAUCCGCAAGGGUCUUCUUCUACAGCACCGUCUUCCCCGAAGCCGGGGGCGGCCGUCAAUUCCCAGCAAGAUCGUGCGCCUCCAGCGAAGAAACAGAAGAUGCUGGUGGAACCCCAGGAUCUCUUAGAGUGUGAGGCCAGGUUGACGAGAGCAUUGGCUCCCCCUCUCUACCUUGGGUCCGUCAGUAGUCUUGAUGGAGUUCAUGAUCUGUUGAAGCACAUGGAAAGCCCGCUUCAUUGCGAUCCACCACCUUCACCCAAGCGUAGGAAGCGGACUGUGGCCGAACUUGCCGCUGACGAAGCCCUCGCAGCGGAGGAAGAGCGUUUCAUGCUCAUCAUGGAUGAGCGUCUGGAGCCAGCUUCCUCCAAUGGUGCCGGUGGGCCAAAAUCAGCUGUUGUCGAUGACACUGGUGGUGGCGCACCGUUUGAGCCACGCUUCUCGAGAUUUAAGACGCUUGAGAACAUCCGUAUGCAACACGAAGAGAAGGCGAAGCGAGACCAUGAGAUCAAGGUCAAGCAAGAGAUGGCCAAGCGACAGCAACAGGAGCAAGAGAGGGAGCGGCGCCGUCUUGCUGAACAGCGACAAGCCGAGGAGCAUGCCAAGGAAGAAGCUCGAAGACAACAGCUCGCGGCGCAGCAAGCUCAGGCACAAUUGGCAGCGCAGCAACAAACUCGACAUGCCAUGGCUCAAUCAAAUGGUGCCAGUCAGGCGCCACAGUCAUCUCCUGUGGUACGCAACCAGACCCCUCAGCACAUAUCAUCACCGGUCGUAGGCACAAGGACAACGCAAGCCGGGGUUCCUAUGAGUAUGACGUCUUCAAUGCAGGGUGCCGGAAGUCCUUCGAGACCACCGUCGGUGAUACAGCACGCGCACCCCGCCAUGAGCCAUCCAAUGGCAGCUUCAAGAAGUCAGCAAGGACAGAGCCGCCAUGGAACACCACAGAUGACUCAAGGCACUCCUGCCAUGUCCCACGCUACGCCUAUCAUGCGAAAUGUAACACCGACGCAGAGGAUGAGUCAUGCCAGUCCGAGCCAUUCUACCAUGGCACCUACCCCAGUCCUGAACCAGGCUACCAUGAUGGCGACCCCUCAAAUGAACAACGGGAUGGGCCUCACAACCCAGCAGCAGCAACAGAUGCUUAUGCAACAGAGAAAUCAACUCCUUGCCCAACAGGGUAUGCUUCACGGUCAGUUCUCGCCGAAGGUGGCCCAAAUGCAAGCGAAUGCGCAUGCACAGCAGAAUAUCCAAGCCCACCAACAACAGCAGCAGCCGCAGCAGAUGCAAAUGCACUUCCAGCAGCAGCAACAGCCACAGCAGCCGCAGCAACAGCAGCAACAGCAACAGCAGCAAGCCAAGUUCCCGAAUCCGCAAGCCUACCAAGCCCAGUUGAUGCGUGCACAGCUCGCGCAGAUGCAAAUGGCUCAGCAACAGCAACAGUCACAAGGGCAACAAGCGCAAGGGCAACAGGGCCAAAUGCAUCAGAACGGACCGCAACUAAACCCUCAACAACAGCAAAUGCUGAUGGCCGCGGCCCAGGCGAAUGGAGGCCAUCUACCGCAGAAUAUGCAAGGCGUGAACAUGACGCAGGGUGUCACCAUCGCCCAGCGAUACAAUCAACUAUACCAUCAGCGCUUGCUGCGGUUGAGACAAGAAAUGGCCAGCCGACUAAUGCCCCAGUAUGGCCCGCCCGCCUCGUAUCCUCCGCAAAUCGCACAACAGUAUCAAGCUGGGCUUGAACGCAAUGCCAAACUCUGGGUUCAAGAAUUGAUGCGUCGGGAGCGGGAGCAAGCUCAACAACAACGUGCUUCUCAGGUGGCUGCCAUGCAAGCUCAAGUGAUGCAACAACAACAGCAACAGAAUAUGAUGCAAAAUGGCAUGAAAUAGUUGCGGCCUCUUGGAGACCGACCGACUCUGUACUCGUUUCAGAUCUUAAUAUCUCUCUACAAGCGAAUAAGUGUGAAGCACUUAUCCUUGGAACCCUUUUUUUCACCUCCAUUCUACUUUCCAAUUCUCAGACCUCGCUAUGUUUGGACACCUG